CUGCUGCUGCUCCCGGCGGCGCCGGCGCCCCAGAGCUGCCUCAGCAGGCAGCAGCUCCUCGCCGCCAUCCGACAGAUGCAGCAGCUGCUGAAGGGGCAGGAGACGCGCUUCGCCGAGGGUCUCCGCCUGAUGAAGAGUCGUCUGAGCACCCUGCAUGCCUCCCUGGCCAAAGCCACCCCCAAGCCGCCAGCCACCUCCUGCCCUGCCCUGCAAGCCCCUGUGGAUGGGAGGAAGUUUGGCACCAAAUAUUUGGUGGAGCACGAGGUUCAUUUCACCUGCAACCCCGGUUUCCAGCUCCUGGGCUCCAGCACGCGGACGUGCCAGGCCAACGGCAGCUGGACUGGGCAGGAGCCCCACUGUGCAGAGAUCAGCGAGUGCUCGAGCAGCCCCUGCCAGAACGGUGGGACGUGCCUGGAAGGGCUGAACCAGUACAAGUGCCUCUGCCCCCAGCAGUGGACUGGAGCCACCUGCCAGUACCAGGCACAGACGGCUCCCCCCUCCUGGAGCGUGACGGAUGACCCAGCGUUCAGCCGACAGCCCCGCUGUGCCCAGAUUGACCGGACUCAGCACUGUAGCUGCGAGCCUGGCUUCCACAUGAGCGGCACGGCCGCCAACGGCCUCUGCCAGGACCUCAACGAGUGUGAGGUGUACAAGCGGGAACAGGGUCCCCGGCUCUGUGCCCACACCUGCGUCAACCUCCCCGGCUCCUACCGUUGCACCUGCCCCAGUGGGUACAUCCUCCUGGGAGACAGCAAGAGCUGUGAAGACAUCAACGAGUGUGCCCUGUCCCAGGAUAACUGCACGAGGGGGACCACCUGCAUCAACACGGGGGGGGGCUUCCAGUGUGUCAACCCCCAGUGCCCCCAGCCCACCGGCAACAUCACCUACGUCAAAACAUCACCCUUCCAGUGCGAGCGCAACCCCUGCCCCAUGGAGAGCCGGUCGUGCCACCAAGCACCCAAAACCAUCUCAUUCCACUACCUUCCCCUGCCAUCCAACCUCCUGACGCCCACCCCGCUCUUCCGCAUGGCCACGGCAGCAGCGCCUGGCCGGCCAGGGCCCGACAGCCUGCGCUUCGGCAUUGUGGGGGGCAACAACCGCGGCCACUUUGUGAUGCAGCGCUCGGACCGGCAGACCGGGGAGCUCAUCCUGGUGCAGAGCCUCAAGGGUCCCCAGACCAUCCAGGUGGACGUGGACAUGUCCGAGUACCUGGAUCGGGUCUUCCAAGCCAAGCACGUGUCCAAAAUCACUGUCUUUGUCUCCGCCUAUGAGUUUUAGGGCAGCAGCCAGGGCGGCUUCCCUGAUGGCGAUGGUCCCUGCUCAGCAUCCUCCACCCGAAAGCACUAGCCCUGGAGGCAGGUGUGUAGUGGGAGCUCCAGGUGACAUCCCACGUUGAAGCCUCUCUGCAGCCAAUCAUCCUCCCCUCUGCGUUAAGUUUAUUCUGCCCAGGCAGCUUUUACACCCACAUAUGUGGGGGGAAAAAAAAGCAAAUGAGGUUCAAAGAAAUCGGGUGCAGGGGUUACCCGCUUGCUGGGGCACAGGAGGAGAGCAUUGUCCUUGCCUGAGGCUCCAGAAGGAUGGUGUCCCACAGCCUCGGUGCCUACAGAAAACAGUGGAUAGAAACCAUGGCCCUUAUUUCCCUUUUAAUUCCAUUUUUUCUUUAGGAAGUAAGUUAAACUGGUGCAUGCAGGAGGGAGGCUUAUAGUGGCUACCACCCUCUUCCCCACUGGCCUGGGCUUGCUUGCACUGACCCCAGACCUGUAAAAACAGCAUCCGCUCCCUUUUGGUAGCUGAGAAAACCCCUGGGAUUGACUGGGACUUGGAAAACCCAUGAACAUCCAUCCCCACAAGACCCAGCUGGCUCUCAGUGCCCUCCUGGGCAAGCAGGACGUUGCUUGCUGAGUAAAGGAGUGGUCCCAGUGCCCUGCAGAUGAGUGCGGGCAAUGGGCCAAGGCUGUCCCAUGCUUCAGCCCAUGGGCAGCAGCUCCUUCAACCUCCUUGAACUGGGUUGUGUGCGUGUGCAUCCACCCCCCAACGCCAUGACCUCAGGGAGGGCUUUGGCUGCUCUUGGAGGGAGCUUGAGGUGUGAAUAUUUCAUUUUUCAGUCAGCUGCAGCCUGUACCUCACUGUGUGUUAGCAGCUCCAGGAAUAGCUGGGGUUGGCUGUAACAUGUGCCAGGGACACACACACACACACCUCCCCCGUCUUACACCCUUCCCCCUCGGUACCUGUUCCCUGAUACAGCGAUUGUGCAUGUUAACCACAAAACCCCAAUGUUAUGCAUGUUUCUCCAUUAUGCUGGUUUUAGUACAAUUAAAUGAUGAUAUAGCCUCUGAGCAGAGGCAGA